CUCAACCCAAAGCUAGCCGCCCGAGGAAGAUUAAGCGGCAAAAAACAAGGGAAACAAAAUGUCUCGACCAGCAUCAGAAAUUGACGAGAAAUGGAAAUCUCUGGAGCAAGAUUUUAAGUUGCUUCAGGAGACACAAAAAAUAUAUUUACAGAAACUGGAGGAUAUCUCCAACCUCCAGAGCACCUGUUCGUCAUCUAUUGUCAGUCAUAGGAGAAACUUGAAGGAUAUGUCCAACCAAGUCGAUAUGUGGAGAGAGGUAUUAUUUCUAGACGAUAAAAGUUUUUUAGAUGAGAAAGAAGAGGAAAUCAAGACCCAAGAAAAUUUUAUCAAUGAAAUGGAGGCUUUCCUUCCCAAGAAAAAUGGGUUAUACCUCAGACUGGUUCUCGGAAAUGUGAAUGUGAUUCUUCCGAACAGGCAGUUAAAAUUUGCCUACAAGGAUGAAUAUGAGAAGUUCAAGCUGUACCUUACAGUGAUCUUACUGCUGCUCUCUUUCAUAUGUUUUUUCAUCGUGAACUACAGAUUUAUGGACGCAAUCUUGAACUUCCUGCUAGUUUGGUAUUACAGCACAUUAACUAUCAGAGAAACGAUCCUCAUCAAGAAUGGAUCCAGGAUCAAAGGAUGGUGGGUUUUUCACCACUUCAUCUCAUCCUUUCUGUCCGGUGUGAUGCUGACAUGGCCAGACGGGAGCCUUUACCGGUCAUUCAGGGGCCAAUUUCUUGCCUAUUCCUUAUAUCAAAAUUUUGUUCAGUAUCUGCAGUACUACUAUCAGAGCGGAUGUCUGUACAGACUUCGCGCGCUGGGAGAAAGACACAACAUGGAUCUGACUAUUGAGGGAUUCCAGUCCUGGAUGUGGAAAGGCCUGACGUUUAUCUUGCCCUUCCUGUUUUUUGGUCAUUUCUGGCAGCUCUUAAACUGCGUGUCUCUGUUCAGAAUGGCUCUGCUCCCAGAGUGCAAGGAAUGGCAGGUCUCGAUGUGUGGUAUCUGCUUCCUCGUUCUGUUCAUUGGGAAUUUCUUCUCUACCCUCGGAGUUGUUCAUCUGAAGUUGAAAAACAGGAAGCCGAAACCAAAUGAAAUGCUGUCUCACCAAAGAGAAGACUAAUUCUGACUGUGCUUCCUGUCACAUACCAGGAUAUAAUAAAAAAAAAUCCCAGAUGAUUUCAUAUUAACUAUGGCAAAUGUUAAUGCUGUUAAAUCAAAGCUGGAAGUAUGUCUACGGUCACAUUAAAAUUUGGAGGUACUCUAAUAAGAAACACGUGUGUGAAAAUGACAAUGUAAGA